CUAUACUUCCUUCUGUUCCAGAUACACGCUCUAGUGGUUGAGCGUAACUCGAUAUCGGUUGUGGUUUUGAAAUUCAAUUAGAAAAAAAAAAAAAAACAGUGUUGCUCUCUGUUUUUGGAGGUCACAGCAAUUAUCUUUUAUUCGCGUCUAACACAUUCGUUAUGAUAAUACGGAGAGCUUUCGAUAUAUGUGUUAAUAAACAGCACAUUUUUAAGUCUGUGGUGUCCAGCCCUCACAGUACCCUGUCACCUUUCAAUUUAGGGGGCGACGGAGGAGCUAUCCUUAAAUCCCUUUCCACUAAUGUUUAUGAGAAUUUAGCUGUCGAGGACUGGAUACACGACAACGUAGAUCUGCAAGGCAAAAAUAUCCUGUUUCUGUGGAGAAACUCGUCAGCAGUAGUUAUAGGCAGGCACCAAAAUCCUUGGCAGGAGUGCAACCUCAAACUGAUGAGACAGCACGGAAUACAGCUAGCAAGAAGACGGAGCGGCGGAGGGACGGUUUACCACGACAUGGGAAAUAUCAACAUGACCUUCUUCACAACCAAGAAAAAAUACGACAGGAUGAAAAAUCUCAACAUGAUUACAAAGUCAUUGAACAAGCUGAGGCCACAGAUGGACGUGCGCCCCACAGAGAGAUUAGACCUUUUGCUAAACGGGCACUUUAAAGUGUCUGGGACGGCGGCAAAGCUUGGCAGAACGAAUGCCUACCAUCAUUGCACUUUACUUUGUAAUUCCGAUAGAGCUGUGCUUUCCUCUGUUCUGAAAAGCCCCUGUCAAGGACUGAAAAGUAACGCCACCCCCAGCGUGCCUUCUCCAGUUAAAAACCUUUUGGAGGAAGACCCCACACUGGACUGUGGUAUCAUAAUGGAUUCAAUCGUCACAGAGUACACUACGCAGUAUGGUUUAGAUCACCACAUUAUUCUAAUAGAACCAAAGGAUGAGGCCACACUGCCAGGGAUCAGUAAAAUGACACAGGAUCUACAAACGUGGGAGUGGGUGUUUGGAAAGACACCUAAGUUCAGCGUCAGUACGAGUUUUAAACUCGGCUACAAACUGUCCAGUGCCAUGGUAACAUUAAACAUAGAUGUAAAGAAUGGGAUUAUAGACUCGUGUAACAUUAAACUUCCACAGCACUGGUUGCCAUCUGAAAUGAGCGAACAUUUGGCUUCACACUUGAUUGGCAAUAAGUUUUGCCCAAGCGAAACAACACGGCUAACAAGUGCCUUACUGAGGACAUGCCCACAGAACGAAGAGUUGCAUCAUAAGUGGAACAUUCUGUGUGAAAAUGUUGCUUCUGUUAUGUGAUUUCAAAUGACCUUGUAAAAUACAACAGUGCUGUACAAUAAAUGCAUUGUAUUGUUUUGCAGGCAGUUGUGGGAAGAUGUUUAACAAGUGACCGGAUAAAACGUUUUGGAACACAAUU